AUGAAUUCUGACAGCGAAAACGAAGGACAUUACGGUGGCGAGGGGGAGUGCGAUCUAGCGAAAACGAAUAAUGUAAAUACAAUAAACCUUUUACCUGAGAAAUCAAAGAAAAAAUAUGAGGCAACAUACAAAAACUUUCUUGACUGGAGGGCACGCCAUAAUUUAGAUUCAUUUUGCGAAAAUAUAGUAUUGAAGUACUUUGAGCAAUUAUCAGAAAAAUAUAAAUCAUCCUCUCUGUGGGCACAAUAUUCGAUGUUAAGAAGCACCUUAAUUAUAAAUAACAAUGUAAACAUAGAAAAUUAUAGAAAACUAAAAGAUUUUUUAAAAUAUAAAUCUCAAGGGUAUACAGCAAAAAAAGCAAAAACGUUUAGCCAAGAAGAAAUUAACAGGUUUAUUAAUGAAGCACCUGAUGAAAUAUACUUGGCCACAAAGGUGGCAUUGAUUAUGGGUAUAAUGGGAGGUUGCCAUGCCAAUGAACUGCAUUCCAUGGCUGUGGAGGAUUUGCAAGACUUUGGUUCUGCUAUGUUAGUAUCAGUUCCCAACAACAAGACUAAGAUCGAUAGGAAGUUUAUUUUAACUGGUCAGUUUUACGAAGUUUGUAAGAAAUACGCAGAAUUGCGACCAUUGCACACAGAAACUUCGUCGUUUUUUCUAAAUUACCAAAAAGGAAAGUGUACCAUUCAAAAUAUUGGUAUCAAUAAGUUUGGUAGUAUGGGAAAGCAGAUUGCAAGGUACUUAAAGUUACCAAACCCUGAGGAGUACACAGGGCAUUCUUUUCGAAGAUCAUCUGCCACUUUAUUUAAUGCUAGCAGAGGUAUUUCGUCCUUUAAACAAAUGGGUGAUUGGGAACCCAAUCAUAUACCCGAGGAGUAUUUAGAAGAACCCAUACCAGUUAAAGUGGAUAUGGGUGAUGACUCCACAUUAGAAGAUUUUAUGGAUGAGUCAAAGAUUGACAUGUCUUUUGACAACAUAAAGAGUGAGAUACAAAGCACAAGCAGUCACACGCAAAAUAUAACAGCCUCCAAUGAAACAUUUAAUUUUGACGUUGGUUCUCAACCUGCAAUUAAUUUUAUCAAUUGUUCUAAUAUUACUAUUAAUUUUGUUAGAAAAAAUGAUAAGUGA